AUGUUUAUUCAUUAUAUUACAGGGGUAGACAAUGAGGCCGCCAUGUUUAUUCAUUAUAUUACAGGGGUAGACAAUGAGGCCGCCAUGUUUAUCCAUUAUAUUACAGGGGUAGACAAUGAGGCCGCCAUGUUCAUCCAUUAUAUUACAGGGGUAGACAAUGAGGCCGCCAUGUUUAUUCAUUAUAUUACAGGCGUAGACAAUGAGGCCGCCAUGUUUAUCCAUUAUAUUACAGGGGUAGACAAUGAGGCUGCCAUGUUCAUCCAUUAUAUAACAGGGGUAGACAAUGAGGCCGCCAUGUUUAUUCAUUAUAUUACAGGGGUAGACAAUGAGGCCGCCAUGUUUAUUCAUUAUAUUACAGGGGUAGACAAUGAGGCCGCCAUGUUCAUCCAUUAUAUUACAGGGGUAGACAAUGAGGCCGCCAUGUUUAUUCAUUAUAUUACAGGGGUAGACAAUGAGGCCGCCAUGUUUAUCCAUUAUAUUACAGGGGUAGACAAUGAGGCCGCCAUGUUCAUCCAUUAUAUUACAGGGGUUGACAAUGAGGCCGCCAUGUUUAUUCAUUAUAUUGACAGCAUUUAA